UUAAAGAAGCCUGAAUAAGAAAGUGCCAGGUUUAUUUAUACGCAGACAAAACUAUAACUUGCUAUAUAAUUAUUAUUACUUGUACACGAAUAAAACUAUAUCUUAAUAAUCAUUAAUAUAAUUAUUGGCAUAAAUUGGCAUAAUUGUGACAAUUGAAAAUAUAUUUUAAACAGCUGAGAAACACUCCACCUAACACUACUUAACCUAUACGAGUCUCAAAUUAACACAUCAAUGAACCCGAUUCAAGGCAAAUUGAAAUAAUUAUUUCUCCUUAAUUGCACGUGUUCGUUACAUGAAAGUAACCAAAUAAAUAAUCGCGUUUAUUAAUUAAUGUGACGUAGAACUUGCAUGAAAGAAGAGUAAAAACUGUGGCGUCACCUAUCAACACGUGCUCCGAUUUUACCUUGCGUGAUUUUACAACAAGAUUUAAUUGGAAAUUAGAAGCUACGCGGAUCAAAUUAUUAUUAUUCGCAAUUAAUAUUCGCAACAACAAGAAUCAACGUCCAAGAUUAAUGAUGUCGAGGACAAGUUCAAAGCACACAGUAAAAUGGAGCAAAGGCAAGGCAAGGUGAACCGUGGCGUCACCUGUCAACACGUGCUCCGUUUUCGCGUCGUGUGAUUCUACGAAGUGGAAUUUAAUCGGGAUUACGGGGGCAGUGUGAAUUUGCGCGUCGAUUUAUUAUUACACACACGAUUGAAUAUUCAGAAUAUUUAUUAACACCAAGGUUGAUGACGUCGAGGACGCGCGCCAAGCACACUGAUCGGUAAAAUGGACGCUGGGAUCUCGCAAUGAGACGCCAACUGAAGCGCACGAGAGCGAGGAAAGAGAGAGUACAAUAAAGAGGAAGCGAGACAGAAAACAAAAGAGAGGGCGAGACAGCAGACCGAGCGUACGAGGAAGGAAGACAGAGAGACAGAGAACAGAGCAGACACACGGGAAAGGCGGAAAAGAGAAUCGCAAAGUACGCGUUCGUCACGCACCGAGAAUCGCCUCGGCUGGCUGGAAAAAACGCGGCGUGUUUCUCAGGGAAAAAUGAGAGCGACGAGCCCCAUGCUCGUGAAAGUAUAGGAGGAGGAUCCAACGUAACACUUGAGAAGGUAGGAAAUGUACGGCGCCGAGAGGGAGGAGGUAUCUGAAAGCUGGCUACACACGUAUGACUUGAGUAGUACGAUGAUUCCCAACGCGAGCACGGCGAUGGAUGACGAGGAGCACUUCUGCAAGCUCAUUCUGUACAAGGAAAUCCAAGACUCAAGAGUGCGGAUAUGGGACAUCGUCAUUCUCGUGCCGAAUCUCUUAUUUCUUCUGUUUAUUGCGAUGCGAUUCAACAGGGCGAGGCUUAAGCUGCGCGCAACGAGUAGUCCGAUAUUUUUAGCGUUUUACGGUCUCGUCAUUUGUAACGUAGUUAUAUCGGUGAUACGCUGUGUGGUGUCGAUGACGGUGAACGCGGCAGCGUCGGUCGGCGGCAAGGCCGACAAGGUGCUCUGGGUCACAGUAAGGUUUUUUCUACUGUCCACUGAGAUGAGCGUAGUGAUAUUUGGUCUAGCAUUUGGUCACUUGGACAGCCGCUCUAGCAUUCGUAGAGUAUUACUCGCUACGUCGCUUAUAGCACUGGCAUUCACGAUUACGCAAGGAACGUUAGAAUUAGUCCUGCCGGAUGAUACAUUUCAUAUUCCCAGUCGUGACUUUUACGUGUUCGGUCACGGCGGCAUGAUGUUUUGGUUCUGCAGCAGUCUCGUUUUUACUACGAUAUACCUCUUCAUAUUAAUACUGCCAUGGACACGGUUGCGGGACCGCUUAGCCCUUCCUACCCGGAAAAGCUUUUACGUUUACGCCGGAACGCUAGCAACGUUGGAUCUAGUGCAGUCAAUUGGCGCGGGCUUUCUAAACUACACGCAAAAUCCGGUGGGAUUGUGCAUCGUAGACUUCACCGCAGCAGUGUAUCUAACUCUUUUUACGCCUUUGGUUUAUCAUACAUUCCUAUCGGAGUUCUUCGGAGUCUCGCAACCAUCGAUAAUGUUCUCUUACAAAGCGCAAGUGGACGAUGCGAUGGACGAAGACACGGUAUCGCUGCCGCAUCAGCAGAGUUUCUCGUCCUUGAAAACCGACAGCGAUUACAUCUAUCAGAAUCACAGCGUGUAUGACUCGACCCAAUUCGACACGAACGCUACGCCGAUCAACCCGCUCUACGCGGCGUCUCUACAAAGUCCAGAUAGUAUUACCGGUUACAGUAUAGACAGUCAAGAAGCGCCGAACCCGCCGAAUGGUUAUCAACAAUAAGUCGUCGCGCAUAUCGAUUUGGUGUGCGCUAGGAGUUACAAAACGAAACUUGGAUACAAACAAUCGUUCAACGAUCAAAUUAUCGAUUCUGUGAAGAGCUUCGUUAGCUCCGUCUCUAAAAAAGGAAAUGCGAUACUUUUUCUAGAAAAAGAGCGUGUUGUGCGAUAAGAGUUCGGAAUCAGAGUGAGGUGGCGCACGAUUUAUGUGUGAGUCUACGAAAGGAUUCUAGUCGCUCUUAAAUAUUUCUAGGGCCGUAAAACACGCGAUACGAAUGCUUUCGGUCUUCAUGUGAUAGUUGGCGCUCGUGCCCAAAUUGUGAUUACGGAACGCUGGAAGAAAUCUCGGAAAACACGGAAUCUCCAGUUAGCUUUAGUUUGCUUUAUCUAGGACAAGUUUUCGAAGGAUUAGGGGUAGCGUUAAUUCAUAUUAGUUUUGUACUUAAAUAGAUUUUGAAUUGUCAACGCGAAUUUUUACUGCACGUGGAAUAGAAACUUCUUUUCGGCAGCAUUUAUGCAUUUAUCUCGAAAUGUGAGAGAUGUAUAGGCCAUUCUAAAAUUCGCAUACCUUCGCUCGAUCACAGAUGUGUUCUUUUUGUCGGUUAAAACAUAUCUGUGUCCAAGUAAAAUUCCGUAAGACUAUACAUAUAAUUAAAAAGCAAAACUUCAUAUCAAAAAUUCCUUCAAUUAUAACAUUAAUAUUAAUAUAAAUAAUAUAUAAAUAACAUUAAAAUGACAUUAAUAUUAAUACGCGGCUUUUGGAAUGUCCUAUACAUAUCUAUGCGAUUGUCAACGCGAAGUUAUCAUCCCCAUCGAUAAACGCUAUUGUUUUAUAUCGAAAAACAGCAGGCUGGCGCGCCGGCCGUAAAUUCCUAAUAAGACAAACAAGAAACUUAGAUUUAACUUUUGAAACUUGCUUAUCGUUUCUCCGUCCUUCUCAUCAAAGUGGACGUCGGCGUAUCGCGCACGAAAUGUCCCCUUGAGAUCGCGCGUGAAACGCAACGCGCAAGCGACAAGCCGGACACUCGCUAUUUUCCUACUUUUGCAUCGAAAAUCAUUAGAUCGAUUAAGGACAAUAGGAGUCAUUAAAGUGACGCGUCGCGCGGAGGUGACUUUUAGACGUAAGGAAAAUUCUUCGAUCGCUCCAAUAACUAUUACGAAGACUCCAUCCAUGAUGUAUAUACAUGAUCUGUAUUCUAGUGUAAAGGAUCGUACUAUUUAUAUAUAUUAAUAUAUACACACACACACAUAUUAAUAUAUUUAUCGACAUGGCGUAUCUCCGUAUCGUAACUUUUUGUCGAAUUUUUUGUCGAACAAUUGGCAGGUCCUAGGACGCUUCCUCCUGCGCCGCUCGCGUUUUUCAAUUUGGACGUUUAUCGGUCUCGCGCAGGAGGGACAACAGAGAAUACAAAAACUAGCGUUAUAGUCGUCGAAGCAUCUGUCACGCUAUUCUCGAGGACGCGAGAUUGAAACGUAGAUCUUUCCGUUUUCCUCAUAUGAAUUAGAGGAGGAGAAAAUCAGGAGCAACGGAAAUUAAUAGUGAUAACUGCGUAUAUUUUCUAGCGUUAAUUCAGUCGAACUUGUAUAUACGAAACGGAAUGCAUGAAACGGUGUUACACAAUGAGUCUCUAUGUCAAUUGCAAUUGCUUUUUACCAUCUCGAUCACCCUGCACUCUUCACGAACGUUACCUGCGAUCGUCUGACCGUGUGAUUCUUUUGUAAGCAUCGAGUGCAGUGUAUAAGGCAAUAUUGUGACUGCGUUAUAUAUAUAGCUAUAUACUUGAUUGAAAAAGAAAGAUAAAAAAUAAAAAUAAAUUACAAUUA